UUGACGAACAAUUUUUCAAUACCAAAAUCACACAAGGCUAGAGAUGAGAUUCAAUUCACACCAAUUUAUCACAUAGAUAUCUGGCCAGUAGAGUGUGGUAUAGAAAAUGAUUGUAAGGACAACAUUUUUAGCCUUGAAUCUGUUAAAGUGGAAGAAGAGAAUUUCGAAAAUGAGAAUCAUGAAACAGAACAAUACAUCACACCGACAGAUAAUUUUUCAAAACCUGAUGAAGGAACCCAAGCUGAUGGAUUAUUGUGCAUUGUCGUGAUAGGCAAUGCGCCGUAUCACAACGUGCAAGUAAGUAAACCUCCAUCACUAGCAAACCAAAAAGAAGAUUGGUCUCCAAGAAUUGUACAAAACGUUGACGAACAGUUUUAUGGAUGA